UGUAAGUACUACAUACACACAUUCGUAGUAGCAGAAUAACAUCGUCAGCGGCCAGCCAUUGUCGUGAGAUGUGAAGAUUUUUUCGUGAAAGAUUAAGUUUAAAAACUGAGCAAUUAUAACAUAUUAAAAUUACAUUGUUCACGUUGAGAUGCAUACAAUUCCGGAGUUAGGUACGAGUGUACCGGCUUUUCUUGCCAAACUUUGGAAGCUGGUAGAAGAUCCUGAAACCGACGACCUUAUUUGUUGGUCACCCAAUGGAAGAAGUUUUUUUAUUCGAAAUCAGGCACAGUUUGCCAGAGAAUUAUUACCACAUUACUAUAAACACAAUAAUAUGGCCAGUUUUGUUCGUCAAUUAAAUAUGUAUGGUUUUCAUAAGAAAGUUUCUGUGGAAUUGGGAGGUUUAAAAUGCGAUAGAGAUGAGAUGGAGUUUGCGCAUCAAUUCUUUUGUAAAGGACAUCCAUAUCUUGUAGAACAUAUUAAAAGAAAAAUUGCAUCAAGUAAAGGACAAGAUCCAACUCUUACUCCCAUCAAACCAGAAUUAAUGAAUAAGAUGCUAACUGAAGUAAGAAGUAUGAGAGGUCGUCAGGAACAUUUAGAUUCAAGACUUGGAGCUAUGAAAAGAGAGAAUGAAGCAUUAUGGAGAGAGCUAGCAAUGCUUAGACAGAAGCAUCUUAAACAACAGCAGAUUGUUAACAAGCUUAUACAUUUCCUAGUUACUUUAGUUCAGCCCUCAAGAAGCGGUGGUCUCUCGGUUAAACGAAGAUAUCCAUUAAUGAUUGAUGAUUCUAACCGCCAACGAAGCAAACAAGCUAAAUUAUCAAAACCGGAAGCAUCGCCUGCUGGUCCUGUAAUUCAUGAGCUUGAUGCAUCAGAACCUGAUUUAGAUUCAGAGUAUAUUGUUGCAGAGAUGUUAGAAGGACAUUCAAAUCCAUCAAUUGAAAGUCCAGAACAUAACAAUACAUCAAUAAUGGAAGACAACCAUAUAGAAACUGUACAUUUGGUUGAUAAUUCUCUUCAACUACAAGAUAAUAUACGACUGGUUAAUCCACAAGAAAUAGAUGCAAAAAAGAAACGUGGAAAUAAGGGUAAAAAGAAGGAAGAAACACAUUUACUUGAAAUGCCAUUAGAAGAUUCCCCAGUGACCAUUGCUUUAUUGGAAAAUAAACCAGUCUCUAAACCAGUACCUGUGGCAACAGUGCGUAGCUCAAAACUUGCAGCUAUGGCAGCUAAUAUGAAUAAAACAACUGAUGCAGAGCAAGAGCUCGACUUAGAAACUUCUGCUGAUAUGGAGGAAGAUGUUCAGGAUAGUGAUUCUGCUUUGGUGAAAUUGGAGGAUAUUUUAAUAGUACCAGAAAUCGUCGACGAGGAUGUUGUGGACAACGAAAAUGUGGAAUAUAACAAUGAGAACAACAGCAAUUCUGGAGUUAAUGGGAACGAGAACACCUUGAAUCAGUUCAAUAAAGCAGAUGGUAACACUGAACAGGAUGUUCAAAAAGAUUCAGUUACAAAUGAAGUUGAUAAAAGUAUGGAGAAGGAGAAUGUCAACUGCAACGGAGCGGGCACAAGCAAUUCAAAACAUUUAUCUUUGAGUUGCGUCGUUCCCUCUGGCAUGUCUGAUUCUAGUUACAGGUUAGGAUCAAUGGAGGAAAUGGAUAAUCAUCUUGAAACAAUGCAAACAGAAUUGGAAAACCUUCGCGAAAUUCUACGAGCUGAAGGAUACAGUAUCGACGCGAAUACACUUCUUGGGUUAUUUGGAGCGGAUGAUCCAAUGUCAUUCGGUAUGCCUGUUAAUCCUGAAUUAAAUCCACAUUCUGAAAAGGAAGACGAUGAUCAUGUUAAUGUUUCCGAAAAUAUCAAUGGAUCAGCUGGUGGAGAGCUUAUGGCAUACAAUCCUGCACAGAACCUAUUAGACUUCGACGAUGAUAUUUUUUUGAACACUACAUCUCCUGUAACCAGUGCAACAGGUGAUACAGCUACAACAAGUCUUUAUAAUUCGGAUCCUCUGGAUCUGGAGGAUAGCAAAGCUUCGCUUCUCGAUUCUUUAUCAAUUAAUGUAAACAGUUCAUCAUAAAGUCUCAUUCCUAUGCCUUGGAGGAAAGACUGCUGGAUUUAUAAUUACCUCGUUGGUAAUGUCUACGUUUUAAUUAGCGGUAUGAUGCUAUGAACCCUGUGAAAAAGAUUUAGUAUAUGGAAAGGGAAAUUGAGUUAAAGUGUGCACAGAGGUUUACUUAAAAUUCCUUGAAGAGGAAGGUUACAACAUAAUGAACCAAACGUGUUAUCUAGAUUGGAAGAGACAUUUAUCUUCACAUUCAUUAAGAAGUACGUGCUGAACGUAUUCCAAGCUCUUGUAAGAGUAGUUUUAGUGAAAACGUAUCCAAUAAAGUCUUACUAUGUGGCUCUGAAGGAGAUUGUAGGAGCAAAAGAAGUUAUGGAAAAGGAUAGUGAAACAAAACUUAUUUCAUACAGUGCUAAGGCCCUAUCGCCAAACAUUUGUAAAUUUGAAGUUUCUCAAUAUCCAUAUGAGGAGUAACUUGCUCAAUGGGCCAAAUAAAUGAGAGCCAGAUAAUAAGACUGAACUGUAAUAUACAUAGAGAGAGGAAUGAUUUUUUGAUACGUUUUCACUACUUUGUAUAUAAUCACGCACGAUUGUCGCAUCAAUAAAGAGAGACGGUGGAUGUUCCGUAAAAACAUUCAAUCACCUAAAAAAUAACAAUUUUUUACAUGAUGUGUGUAAAGCACAGUAUUUAUUAAAGUAUAAAUCAAUAAUAUGAUGCGACGCGUACAAGAAAAUACAUAAAUAUAUAUGUAAAUAUACAUACAGAACAGCGUGUUAAGGAUAAGAAAUUUGUUUAAUGUUUCUCAUUGUAUUUUUCGUAACAAUUUUUUUCGCUGUGGUAUAAGGUUAAACGGAGACAAAAAAAUCAUAGUAUAAACUAAGAUUUCAGUGUCCUUUGUCAAGGACUAUCACUGCCUUUAUGUUGCAUAAAACAUUUUUCUAUAAAGGGUAAUUUCUUAUUUAAUUUUACGUAGUUAUGUCUCGGUAUUUUAAUAUCAUCGCUCAACAAACUCCUUUAAUGAAUAUUAUAAAUAUGAAGCAAAAGUUAACUAAAAAGACGUAAUUAACGGAAAAGUUAAGCGACGAUUUUAGAUUUUAUAGCGGGUGUUUAAAGUAUUUAUAUAAUUCAAAUAUUUAUCUUUAAAUUUAAUAUGUAAAUGCUUCUGCCUUGUAAAAAAGAAGGGAUUAAUAUUAUUUUUAUUUUAAUUAUAAGAUAAAAGCUAUGCGUUUCUUUAAUUACUUAUUUUUUUGCAGUAGAUAGUUAAAUAAAAAUAUCAGUUCUGAUCAUGCAUUAAACACUGGAAUCUUAGUCUUGAACCUUAAUAUAUAAAUUGGCAAUUUGAGUUUGUGUACAUCAGAAGAUAAUAUAAUCAGAAUGGUACAUUGUGUCUUUGUCACGUUAAACUGUUAUUUUAAUUUAGUAAUAAGUAGAUUCUUUUUAUAUUCAUUUGCCAAGACAAUGUAUUACAUUCAUAGAAAACUUAGUAUACGUUAUACAAUUCCAUAUACAGUGAAGUGUCAACCAUACAGUUCAUAUAUAAUUUACUUUCUUUUCCAUUUUGAAAUUAAUUUCAACACACUUAAUAGUUUCAUAGAUUUAACCAACUUAUAUUUAUAUUACUUAUCUCUGUAUUAACAUUAAUUUUAUUGCCUAACUACUAAGUGUCUAUCAUUAAUUUAAAGCAUAGAAUGUAAAGAUUUUAGAAAACUUUUUUGUCCUCAAUGUUUAUUAUAACAAACUGUUAUUGGGCCUUCUAUGGACUAUCUUUUCUGAGAAUAUUGAAAAAUAAUAAUUGAUAAAAUGACUUCCUCGCAUAACUUCAUUUUUAAAUUAAUUAAAUAUUUCAAAGUAGUAGUUUCAUAUUGGCAUAUCUAGUUUUUUACUUGCUCAUAGAAGACCACAUCACAAGUUAGAUUGCAACAAAAUCAAAAUAAUGUAUCUUGUACAAAAAAAAAGUAUAGUUGAUACUACACUGCUUGUAGAUAUCAGAUUUUGUGAUACAUUAAGAAUUUUGUACAAAAAUGAUUCGAAUUAAGUUCGAG